GUUGAUACGAUUUACCAAUUUAAAAAAAAAAAUGUUUUCUAGUAUCUGCUGUUCUUUUUCGAAUUAGAUUUGUAGUUAUGCUAUAAUGAAUCAUUUUUUUCAAAUUUUGAUAUAUUUUUCUAUAUUCGCUCUGCAAUGUGGCAGGAGUUGCACUCCUGCAGUAUCAAAAGAUAAUGCAUCACUUCCGACUACCCUCAUCGGUGUCAGAAGCGAUGAAAUACAACGAACGCUGAGUGUGUUGAAUCCGUUUCGCGCCACUGAUGCUUAUAUUUUACAAGAUGCUGAUUUAGCUGGUCCAUUAGUUUUCUGCGUCGCCUUCGGAGCGUUUUUGUUGCUGAGUGGAAAAGUGCACUUCAAUUACAUCUAUGGUAUUGGAACAUUGGGAUGUCUCGGAAUGUAUCUGUUGCUAGCGAUGAUGGCUCAAUCCGGAGUCACUUUGGGAGUUGUAAUCUCAGUCAUGGGGUAUUGCCUGUUGCCAAUGGUAGGCUUGUCUGGAAUUAGCGUGGUUUAUUCGUUACGCGGAAUUGCUGGCUUAGUAUUGAGUUGUUUGGCGAUCCUUUGGUGUUCCUUGUCUGCAUCCAAACUGUUCGUGACCGCUUUGGCUAUGCAACGUCAGCAACCACUGGUUGCCUAUCCCUGCGCCUUGGUUUAUGCCAUUUUCGCUUUGAUUACCGUGUUUUGAAAGCACCAGGAAAUUUUACAUCCGCGUCGACGUUGUUUUAAGAAGAAUUUUUAGAUAUAAUUUGUGGUUUUUUAAAUAAGGUUUUAUUAUAUUAUAAUUGUCGGGUGUUUUAUUGCCCUUUUAGGCGUCAACGAAUUUGUGUAAUUAUAAGCACAUUAUAAUAUCUCUUUAUUGUUUAAAAUUGAAUAAAUUUUAUUUCAUGGUUUUGA